GAUGGGGAUGAUGUCUGAAUAAAUUCGUUAUUUUCCUUUACUUUUUGAAAAGUUUUGGAGGGAUAAGGAUAAGUAUGCAAGUUUUUAAAACCGAUAUCCGAGUUUGCCAAUCCAUCGAAACAAUCCAUCAUCGUGAGCAAGAUUUUCGCGUAAAAAGGAGCCAUUGAUAUGCUGAGAAUAAAAGAACUGAAAAUACGGAAAAGUCUGUCUCCAACUAUACUGACUAGAACAUGACCACGCUUAAAAGAUGAUCAACACCGUACAGCUGCUCUGAGAUUAUUCUUCAAGUAUGGCUCUCUCUGUGUGGUCACGUCGGCUGCCUUCGCUGCUCCAAAGAGUCACGCCCGUCGUGACUACCAUCAACACAACUACCACUUCAGGCAGCAACCAGCAAAGUAGUGUACCGUCCACCAGCCCUCAGGAAAAGUACAAGCCAUAUAGCCCUUUUCAAGAGACCUCUAGCCGGGCAGAAUGGGCUGUAGCUCGUCUGGAUGACUUGCUAAACUGGGGCAGGAAGGGUUCACUGUGGCCUCUGACGUUUGGCUUGGCCUGCUGUGCUGUAGAAAUGAUGCAGUGCGCCGCUGCGCGCUACGACAUCGACAGGCUGGGCAUUGUAUUCCGUGCGUCGCCGCGUCAAGCUGACGUGCUCAUCGUCGCUGGAACUCUUACCAAUAAAAUGGCUCCUGCGCUCAGGAAGGUCUAUGAUCAGGUUAGUGCAAGUCGUUGGGUGAUAUCUAUGGGCUCGUGCGCUAAUGGAGGAGGUUACUACCACUACUCCUACUCGGUGGUGCGAGGCUGUGACCGCAUCGUCCCCGUAGACUUGUACGUGCCAGGAUGUCCUCCUACUGCAGAGGCUUUGCUUUAUGCUCUUCUGCAGCUGCAGAGGAAAGUCAAAAAUAUGAAGAAGAUUCAGAUGUGGUACAGGAAGUAAUCUUACUCUCGGAAUUAAAAGAAAAACGCUAGAAACCUCUCCCCUACUACUACUUAAAAAAAAUAGAUAACUUGAUAGAUGAAGAAAUCAGAAUUGUCUUACUUUAUAAAAUAAAUAGGUAAAGUGAUAGCAGAAGAACCAUGCUCUCAUGUGACUAGUUUAGUUGAAAACUUGGUCUAGGAGGAAGGCAAAAAAAAACCUUGCAAGAGAUAUGUUCAAGUUUUUGGCACCGUCUAUAUUUUGUGAAUCAAGUUUGCAUGCAAAAUGUAUUCAGUUUGUUUUAAGUUGUCGAUGAACAAGAAAAAAUUACGAGUUUCAUCGCUAAAUGUGAAUCAAUGAUAAAACGUGAUAUUGCUCACAUUGGUUAUAUAUAAUACUAAUUUAACAGAGAUACAAUAAAUCCGUUUCGUUACGUUUAUUAUGGACUACUUGUCACGUACGUAAUAUUAACCAUAAAUUGUGAGAGCUCAUUCAUUAUUUCCGUCGUAUCAAUGGAGGAGGGAUGAUGUAAAGUCGUUCGUGAAGGUUACCUAGUUUUUGGUCGACUUAUUAUGUUUUAAGUUGUAAAUAAUAAAUAUUACCUCGUUCA